AUGUCCGACCAGCAGCCUCCCUCUCGCUUCGCUCCCCAGAACCAGACCACACACGAGCGACUGUCAACGAACACCGUCGGCCUUGUAGCUCUUUCCGACUUUCGCAAGCGGAGAGCUGAGGUACUCGAGCAACAAGAGCGCGAGGCACGGAACAACCAGCUGCCCUCCUCCGCCUCGAACACACCCACGCAAGACCGCUCACGGACGGGGACGCCAAAUGUCGCCAGCGACACGAGCGAUGCCGAGCGACAGAUCAAGAAGAAGAAGCAGAAGAAGCCCAAGGGAGUAGGCAACAAGCUGUCAUUUGCAGGAGACGAGGACGAGGACGACGGCGAGGAGCUGGGUCCUGCAGUCACCAAGAAAGCGAAAGACAAGGACGGGGGCAAAACGGAUGACAAGAGCAAGAAGAUGGCGGGAAAGCUGGUUGCCAACAGUGCCGUCGGCGUUGUGCCGCGGGCACUGACGAAAGCAGCGCUGCGAAAGGAGGCGGCAGAGCGGGAAGCCUUGCGCAAGGAGUUCCUGGUCCUCCAGGCUGCUGUCAAGGCUACAGAGAUCGCCAUACCAUUUGUCUUUUACGAUGGAACCAACAUACCUGGCGGGAUGGUGCGUGUCAAGAAAGGGGAUUUUAUCUGGGUGUUCCUCGACAAGAGCCGCAAGGUCGGCGCGGAGCUGCAGGUCGGCGGGGAGAAAAGCGCAAAUGCCCGGCGUGAUUGGGCCCGCGUCGGUGUUGACGACCUGAUGCUGGUCCGGGGCACCCUGAUCAUUCCACACCAUUACGAGUUUUAUUUCUUCAUCAUGAACAAGACCAUGGGUCCUGGCAACCACCGGUUGUUUGACUACAGCGCCGAGGCGGCGCCGACGCCCACGGAAGACGGCCCUGCCGAAACGGCGUCUGCUCUGUCAUCCAAAGUGACCCAAACCGAUAUCCGGCUUCUCGAGGGAGCGUCUGAUGACCCGACCAUGACCAAGGUGGUGGACCGCCGUUGGUACGAACACAACAAGCACAUCUACCCAGCCAGUGUCUGGCAAGAGUUCGACCCCGAGAAGAACUAUGAAAACCAGAUCCGACGUGAUCAAGGAGGCAACGCUUUCUUCUUCUCCAAAUGA